AUGGAUGAGGACGAUGAUCUCUUCGGCUCAGAUCUCGACGAUGAUGAUAAAAGAGAAAAGGGAAGUCCAGAGGACAAGAAAUUCUUCUUCCGAAAGGAGCUCCGUUCUAUGCUCUAUGGUUUCGGAGAUGACAAGGUACCAUAUGAUAAAACGCUCGAAACACUGGAAGGAAUAGUUCUAGACUACAUCAAGGAGUUGUGCGAGCGAGCUAUGAAUGUAGGCAAACCAGACAAGAUUGCAUUAGAGGAUAUUCAUUACUUGAUUCGAAGAGACCCGAAGAAGUUUGCUAGGGUCAAGGAUCUGCUGUCGAUGAGUGAAGAACUCAAAAAGGCUCGAAAGCAAUUCGAUGAUGUGAAGCAAUUGUAA